UCAUAUAUCCAUCCCUAUCUCAACAAAAUCCUUGAUGUCGCAGGGCAUGGACCUUUUCUGCCCAGCCUCCUCUGCGUUGCGAUUGGCUAGAUAGUUCAUCUGAAAGAGCUCAUUGGUUGAAGAAAGGUCCAUCAUGAUCACACCGGUUUUGCUAUGGCACAGGAAAGUAUCUUUACAUUUGCUACUGUCAGCAAUGUUGCUGUAUUGUUUGCAGGAGCUGUUUUUAAUACCAAUGGGCACUAUGCACUUUGGCUUAGGUGAAUUUGUAAUGCACGGGACGAGUACAGCUUAAAAUCUAUUAGUGGAAACGAACACACUGAGCCACAACAUCAUGGAUGAAAACACAUCUCCUGGUCAGCUAAUGGAUGACCAAGAAUCCAUAGUGUCUGUCAAAGGCCUGAAGGACAACUGGCAGAAGUGGUCUGAUAAUCACAAGGAGCACCAGAAACACAACCCCUUCAGUCACGACACCAGGCCCAUGGCAGUGGUCCCUCAGAGGGGUCACGAUGACUACGGGAGGCCCCUGCAGGGUUCGCUGACGGCACAACGUGGGAAGGAUGCUCACACACACAUCAGCAGAGAGGUUCAGGAGUUGUGUGAUGUGAUAAAAGACAUUGGGGUGCACGGAGACAAACAAGGGAAUGGGGGAGAUAUCUCGGUAGAAUUUGGCAAGCUGUUUGAGCAUUACGUGACUAUCUCCAACAAACUGGUGGGGAUUUUACUCAGAGCCCGGAAGCAGAAGCUAGUUGAUUUUGAGGGGGAGAUGCUGUGGCAAGGGAAAGAUGAUCAUGUUGUGAUUACUCUAUUGCAGUGACUUCUUCUUCCCUCCAUAACAAAAGGCAUCUCACAUACUGCCAUUAGUUUUGGAGUGUUAAUGUUUUGGUCUCAUGUGAUUUAAAAUACAAAUGGGGGAUUAUUAUACAAAACAGCUGUAUUUAUGAUUCCUAUAUAAUUUAUACAGUAUAUACUGUAUAAUUUAUAGCAAAUAUAUAUAUAUAGGCUUAUUAACAAAUAACAGCAUAUAUUCGCAUUUGCCAGCAGUGUUCUCAAUGUGUCACACAUGAAACAGUGCCAUAUGAUGGUUCACAUUCAUUACUGUAAAAAAAAAAAAAAAAAGUAAAAUUAAAAAAAAAAAAAAAAAACAAGGUGCUACAAUUUAUAUUUUGAUGAACAUUAGUAUUUUCUAAUGUGUAAAGCAUUAGUGUUAUUAAUAUAGUAGCAGUUUUUUUCCCCACCAAUUAUUGGAUUAACAUGUUCAGUAAUUGAGCCAUGUAUGCUUGAAUAAUAAAGAAAUGUAAAAUGCAAUCUCUUUGUGAGACCGACUAGUAAAAGUAACGACCAGUAAAAUGAUUGUUUAAUCUUUAAUCGCAAUAAAUUAAUCCUUCUUAAAGUGCAUACAUUGAUACAGAACAGAGUAUGGUUUCUUGCCUCUACAUUCCAUUGUCAUGCAGAAUUAACCUUUUCUGGCACACAAUACUAUACAGUCAACAAAUUUGGUCAAUUGCUGUUCACAGAAAAAAUAAUGUUCUUGCAAAUCUUGUUAAUGUACACAUCACACCAAUUUAUUCAUAUAAACCCCAUCUUGUAAUUCCUGCAAAAUUGAUCAGUUUACUUUUCAAAGGAAGUAUUCUGUUAAAUGCAACUGAUCAUCUCAUCACAAAUCACAGGUUACAGACCGAAAUGCACAAGCAAAUUUCACACAAGUAUUUUACAAGAUGAAGACAAACUGCACUUAACUUUGAAGUGUCAGGAUCAUUUACUCGUUUCCACAUAAAGGAGCCUCGUAAAUACUUUAUGCAGAUGUUACAUGAUGCUCCAACUCGUUUCAAAUGUUGAAAAAUACACCUCAGUAAGGAUGGCACAAAGCUGUAGAAGUCAUUGUAUUUGUGUGUCAUGCUUAUGUGAUCUAGGAUUAAUGAUCCUACUGAUUAACAGAACUGUGCUAUUAAAUAAUUUCAUUGAUAAUUUUAAUUUCACAAAACAGCUCUACUUGAUUUAAAACCAGGUCUAAAAUCCACACAUCAAAUGCCCUACUUUAUGUUGCAAAGAAUUAAAAAGGUUGUAUAUCGAAAGUAAUUAUUUGCCAAAAUUUUAGUACUGAUUGGUGAUUAUAAAUAGGCACAUGGAUCCAAACAUAACUUUUAAAU